AUGACGUCCGACGGCGUCGUGGACGAGCGCACGCCGCUCGCGACGACGCUGCGGACGGGUGGGGAGACGGGGGCGACGCGGCGACGACGACGGGCGAUGGGAUGGACGGCGCCGAUGAUGGCGAGCGCGCUCGCGCUCACGCUGUGCGCGGCGUUGGGGGUCCUGUACCUCAUAAAGGGGUCGCUCUCGAAACGCCCGACGACGUCGACGCUGGAACCGGGGACGUACGUGAUCAGAGGGAGUUUCAAGGGCCAAGGAUGGGAGACGGAGAAUUACUGCGCGCUCGCGACGGGGCGCGACGAGGACGCGGUUAAGGAUGGGAUCUCGUGUUCGCGCGCGUGCAGUGCGAACGCGACGAAAGAGAAACCGGAGCGGUUUUUCGUCACGAAGAACCCGAGAGACGAGAGAUAUAGACGGAUACAUCGCGGGUCGGGCGACGACGUGUACUACUGCGUCACCGACGCCGACGAAAAGCUCAGUCGAGGCGCGCCGGCGUGGAAGAAUCUCGUCAUCGCGUGUGAUAAGCGAGUGAACGCGACGAACGUUGAGAACGAGCUCGAUGAUUCGGCGGAUUUUAUCAUCGCCAACGUCACCGAGGGCGCUACGUACGAGUACGCCGUCAUGUCUCGCGAGCAGGGUCGAUACUGUCACGAAAAGCAUGACAAGGUGGAAUGCGCGUACCCCGGUUUCGUCUCUCGACACGCGCGAUUCGAUUUCAUCGAAAUCUCAAACGCCGACGUCGCCAAGUGCGUCACCGCGUAG